GAGGCCUGUGCGGGGACGCUUGCGUGUGUUGUCUGUAUGUACGUACGUACGUACGUGUGUGAGAGAGAGAGAGACUGUCCCUUCUUUCCAUUCAGAGGGAAAAAUAAAGGGAGCAGUCCGGAAGAAGAAAGUGGAAACGAUUAUAAAUAAAACUUAAGCGGCCUGCAAAAAUGACGGACGGAGCUGAACGAGCCGAUGGUAGGAUUGUGAAAAUGGAGAUGGAUUAUAGCUCCACGGUAGACCAGCAGCUCCCAGAGUGCGAGAAGAUGGCUCAAGAUGGAAGACUACAAGAGGGUAUUGAUAAUCUUUUGUCAUUGGAAAAGCAGACCCGAACAGUCUGAAUUUUUUCAUUAUAAAUCCUAGGCCUCCGAUAUGGCAUCGACAUCAAGAAUCCUGGUUGCCAUAGUAAAAAUGUGUUACGAUGCAAAAGAUUGGGAUGCAUUGAAUGAAAAUAUUGUUCUUCUGUCUAAGAGGAGAAGCCAGCUAAAACAGGCAGUUACAAAAAUGGUCCAAGAGUGCUGUGCUUACGUCAGUCAGAUCACUGACCUGCCAAUCAAAUUGAGAUUGAUUGACACCUUGCGUACUGUCACGGCUGGGAAGAUUUAUGUAGAAAUAGAGCGUGCUCGCUUAACCAAGCACUUGGCAAUGAUAAAGGAGGAAGCUGGGGAAUUGAAAGAAGCUGCUGCCAUUUUGCAAGAACUUCAGGUCGAAACUUAUGGGUCAAUGGAGAAGAAAGAGAAGGUUGAGUUUAUCUUAGAGCAAAUGAGACUUUGCUUGGCUGUAAAGGAUUAUAUUCGAACCCAAAUCAUCAGCAAAAAAAUAAACACAAAAUUCUUCCAGGGGGAAAAUACUGAGGAGUUGAAGUUAAAAUACUACAACUUAAUGAUUCAAGUUGACCAGCAUGAGGGAUCCUAUUUGUCCAUCUGCAAGCACUAUCGUGCCAUCUAUGAUACGCCCUGUAUCGAGGCAGAGAGCACAAAAUGGCAAAAGGCUUUGAAGAGUGUUGUUCUCUAUGCAAUCCUGGCCCCCUAUGACAAUGAGCAAUCUGAUCUAGUUCACAGAAUCAGUCUAGACAAAAAACUUGAAGAGAUUCCAAAGUACAGGGAUUUGCUGAAGCUGUUUACCACAAUGGAACUUAUGCGUUGGAGCUCACUGGAGGAUGAUUAUGGCAAGGAAUUGAGGGAAGAGUUACCUGAAAAUGCUUGCACAGAUGUAUUUUCUAGCACAGAAGAGGGAAAUAAAAGAUGGAAAGAUCUUAAAAAUCGUGUAGUGGAACAUAAUAUUCGAAUAAUGGCAAAAUAUUAUACAAGGAUCACAAUGAAGAGAAUGGCAGAGCUUCUUGAUCUUUCAGUCGACGAAUCAGAGGAGUUUCUUUCCAAUCUGGUGGUAAACAAGACCAUCUUUGCAAAAGUAGACAGGCUAGCGGGAAUUAUCAAUUUCCAGAGACCCAAGGACCCCAAUGACAUACUCAACGACUGGUCACACAAACUGAACUCUCUGAUGGGACUUGUGAACAAAACUACACACCUCAUAGCCAAGGAGGAGAUGAUCCACAACCUCCAGUAGAGAAUGAGAGUUGGUGUGUCUUUUGAAAAGACAUUUUAGGAUCUAAAAAUAAUCCUCAAUAGCCAUGCAAAAAAAAAUGUAUAUCUCUUGCUGAACCAAAAGCAGCUUCUGAUUGUCUGGUGCAUGGUCUCCACAUGGUUAGAUAUCAAAGGAUAAGCUUUGACAGUAUGGUUGAUUUUCCUCUUUUUAAAAGAAAUAGUCAUAAAAACUAGAGUUUGCAUAAGGUAGAGUGUUUGCAUUUUGUGAUAUGUACUGUAAAUGGAACAAACCAUAAAAUCAAAACAUUGUCACCAGUGUGACUUUUCAAUUGAAAAUUUCCAACGUUUUGUGUUAUUUAGAUGUGUUCAUUAAACCAAAUUUUAAGUUACAAA